UACACCCACCUCAUUUACUCCACCUUUCACUUUCUCUCCAUUCCCUCAUUUAACUCCUCUUUUCCUUCCACUCUUUUAUUGCAUUUGCAUUUGCAUUUAUACUUCAACCCACUUUUUCAAACAUUUUCAUUCUCUCUCUAAAACCCAAAUGGAGUCUCCUUCAAGAACUCUUACUCUCUUACCACCACCUCAUUCUCCGUCGUCCUCCACCACCUACAGGCGCCGCCGCAGCAGCAGUGACUCAGCGAACUCACCCGAGUUCGAGUUCUCCAAUAUCGGUUGCGAUCCACAAACCACUCUUCUUUCCGCUGAUGAGCUCUUCUCUGAUGGCUUCCUCCUCCCCCUUCACCACCUUCAUCCUCACCGAUUACCAGAAGUUGAACCGGAUAUCGCUCAAAAUGAGCCGGAAACCGGUCCAUCUGAACCCUCGGCUUUGAUCACUUCCUCAUCCUCCAGUAACUCGAUAUUAAGCGCUUCGAAGCGGUGGAGAGAGAUCUUCAAACGAGCUGAUAAAAAACCGGAAAUCAAUUCAGAAGAUAAACCGGAAAAGCUUGAGAAGAGGAGAGAGAAAGAGAAGAAGAACGGUUUCAGUGGUCAUGGAAAUAGUUCAGCCGAGCUAAAUAUUAACAUUUGGCCGUUUUCAAGAAGCCGGUCAGCGGGGAAUAACUCAGGACGGUCUAGACCGGUGGCUCAAUCUAAUCGGAAAGUGAGCAGUGCGCCUUGUUCCAGAAGCAAUUCUUCAGGUGAGUCCAAAUCACGGAAAUCUUGGCCCGUGAGUAGUCCGGGUCGGGCUGGGGUUCAUUUGGGCCGAACCAGCCCCGUUUGGCAAGUUAGAAAAACGGGUUCAGUAAACAGAGCGCCCAAUGGUGGCAGUUCAAGUAAAGGCCGGGUUUUAAAGCUGAACGUUCCGGUUUGUAUCCCGUAUCGACAGAAUUUGAGUUGUCGAAGCGAUGAAAGUGGCGGCGACGGUGGCGGAAAUGGUCUCGUAAGUGGUGGUGGCGGUGGUAGUGGUGGUAAUUUGUUUAGUUUGCGUGGGUUGUUUAGUAAGAAAAGUACCGUUUUAACGGUUUAAAUUUAACUACCAUUUUAACUGUUUUUUUACCUAGUAAAUCCAUAGCUUUUUACAGUGCUAGAGUACUAGGUCAGCGAGGUCAGGGGAGUACAGCUUAUUGGAUUAAGAUUUUUAUUUUUUUACUUUUGUAAAUAUUAUUACGCGUACGAUUUAUUGUUGUUGAAUAUAGAGGUUAAUUAUAUGUACGAGUACAACUUUGUACCCCAAAAAAAUUACUAUGCCAUUUUUAUUAAUUAUUUAAUUAUUAUUACUAUGGAAUA